AUUAAACUACCUAUACCCGCGCUGGCAUUUUUAUACAAGCAACAUAAUGGAUGUAGCGUGGGGGGAAUGAUUCUAACCUGCGUGGAAAUUCUCAGAAGGUGCUCCAGGAUAACAACAACAACAACAACACGAUGUCUUUUAAAAACAUGGAGUAAUAUUUCAGCUUGAAGUUCUUGAGUUUGGCUCAUCGCAAUGGAGAGGGAGCAGGCUGAACGAUCCGGUAGCCGAACUUCAUCCACUUCCGAUUCCGAUUCCGAUACCGACACCCUAUCCGAACCGGAUUUCAGCUGCAAUUCGGAAGAUACUGAAUCAGAACCGGAGCAUUUGGAGGCGCACCGCUGUGGAGCUUUACUCACAUCACACACCGCCAGUCCCGAGCGAAAAGGGAAGCAGGGCGGCGAGCAGGAAUCCGAAAACGACUGCAAAGAGGAGAAAAUGAGGAAUAAAGAUGACCACGAGAGCGACGAGGAACAAGACGAAAUGCUGGAUAACAUCCUGUCUCCACCCCCACUGCCUUUCUGCAAGACGAGUAACCCCGAGGUGUGCACUAGCUCCAGCCUGGCGCUCAAAUUCACCCGUCAGCUGAGUGACGACGGGAGACAGCUCCGUCGAGGGAGUCUGGGUGGAGCGCUAACCGGGAAGUACCUGUUGCCGUACAUGUCGGCUCAGCAGGCGUGGCCCACCUCGGGGACGGAGAGCUCCAACCUGGUGCGCAUGCGCUCCCAAAGCUUCGGCAAGUCAGCUCCGUCCCUCACCGCCAGUCUGAAGGAGCUCAGUUUGCCCAGGAGAGGGAGCUUGGUCGUGGGGAACCUGAAGCCUAUCCCAGGGAGCGUGGGGCACAAGACGGGGUACACCCAAUCCAUCGCAGGCCUGACUCCAAGAAGCUUGAGCCCGACUCCCACAAGCCCUUGCAGCCCUUGCAGCCCGCUGCACGCCUUCCAUUUUUGGAGCUGUAGGACGGGUAACAGGAAGAGUCUUAUAGGAAGUGGACAGUCAUCAGGCCUUCCUCGACCACACUCCCCCUUUUCUUCACACACAGGCACAAGUCCUCAGGACAGUCCUAGGAACUUCUCCCCCAGUGCCUCGGCCCACUUCUCCUUCGCUCGCAGGACCGACGGCCGCCGCUGGUCCCUGGCGUCCCUCCCGUCGUCCGGAUAUGGAACCAACACCCCCAGUUCCACCAUUUCUUCGUCCUGUUCAUCACAGGAGAAGCUCCAUCAGCUGCCCUUCCAGCCCACUGCCGACGAGCUCCACUUCCUGUCCAAGCACUUCUGCACCGAGAGCAUUGCUGGUGAUGACCACCGCAGAGCCACGCCCAUGCGCCCACGCUCACGUAGCCUCAGCCCUGGAAGAUCUCCAUCGUGCUGCGACCACGAGAUUAUUAUGAUGAAUCAUGUCUACAAAGAACGUUUUCCUAAGGCCACGGCACAGAUGGAGGAGCGCAUUCAGGAGAUCAUCAGCAGCAGCUCCCCAGAGAACGGAGUACUGGCGGACGGAGUACUUAGCUUCGCCCAUCACCAGAUCAUCGAACUGGCACGCGACUGCCUGGAGAAAUCUCGCCUCGGCCAUAUCACUUCUCGCUACUUCUGCGAGCUCACUGACAAACUCGAACGACUUUUUCAAGAGUCCACUGAGAGAUCGGAGAGUGCUGAGGUGACUUUCAUUAAGGAACUGGUGAAGAAGAUCCUUAUCGUCAUCGCCAGACCGGCGCGCCUUCUGGAGUGUCUCGAGUUUGACCCAGAGGAGUUCUAUCACCUCUUGGAGGCGGCUGAGGGUCACGCCAAAGAGGGGCAAGGCAUCAAGACCGACAUUCCUCGCUACAUUAUAAGCCAACUCGGUCUGACACGAGACCCUUUGGAAGAAAUAGCCCAGUUAAGCAGCUACGAUAGUGGAAUUGCAGAAACUCCUGACACUGAUGAUUCUGUGAGUUCACAGAGUCUGAGUGCACCGCUGCGACCCCGCCGUAAACCCUGCGAGAUCGACUUCGAAAUGAUCAAACUCAUCAGUAACGGCGCUUACGGCGCUGUCUAUCUGGUGCGACACAAAGAGACCAAUCAGCGCUUUGCGAUGAAGAAGAUCAACAAGCAGAACCUGAUGCUGAGGAACCAGAUCCAGCAGGCGUUUGUAGAGAGGGACAUCCUGACGUUUGCCGAGAACCCGUUUGUGGUCAGCAUGUACUGUUCCUUUGAGACACGCAGACACCUGUGCAUGGUCAUGGAGUACGUGGAAGGUGGGGACUGUGCCACUUUGCUGAAGAACAUGGGUCCUUUGCCAGUGGACAUGGCCAGAAUGUACUUCGCCGAGACCGUCCUUGCUUUGGAAUACCUCCAUAAUUAUGGCAUCGUCCACCGAGACCUGAAACCAGACAAUUUGCUGGUCACACUGAUGGGACACAUCAAGCUGACCGACUUUGGCUUGUCAAAGGUGGGCCUGAUGAACAUGACCACCAACCUCUAUGAGGGCCACAUAGAGAAGGAUGCCAGAGAGUUCUCGGAUAAACAGGUAUGUGGUACCCCUGAAUACAUCGCGCCAGAGGUGAUCCUGAGGCAGGGAUACGGGAAGCCUGUGGAUUGGUGGGCGAUGGGGAUCAUUCUAUACGAGUUCCUGGUAGGAUGCGUGCCUUUCUUCGGAGACACUCCGGAAGAACUGUUCGGUCAGGUUAUCAGUGAUGAGAUCAACUGGCCUGACGGAGAGGACGCACCUCCAGCUGAUGCUCAGGAGCUCAUCACACUGCUGCUCAGGCAGAACCCACUGGAGCGCCUGGGAGCCGCAGGAGGAGCCUAUGAGGUCAAGCACCACCAGUUCUUCCACAGUCUGGACUGGAACAGUUUGCUCAGACAGAAGGCUGAAUUUAUCCCCCAGCUUGAGUCCGAGGACGACACCAGCUACUUUGACACCCGAUCUGAAAGGUACCAUCACCUGGAAACCGAGGAAGAAGAAGACACAAACGACGAAGACUUCAAUGUGGAGCUGCGGCAGUUUUCCUCUUCCUCACACCGCUUUUCUAAAGUAUACAGCAGUCUGGAUCUGUCCCGUGGGCAGCUGGAGGAAAAGGGAGAGCAAGCGGAGAAGAAGAUUGAGAGUCCCCUCACUGUCGACUCGCUCAGCUGGACACCAGACUUCACUGAAAUACCGUCCCUGUCCCACUCGUCUGACAUCGAGAGCAUCAGCACAGGCCGACACUCAGGACUCCUGCCUAAGUUUGCCAUUUCAGCCGAAGCGGAGAGCUGCGAGAGUUCGCUGUCCCUGGACAAGGCCAGUAAAGUGACCUUCUCUGUCGGAGAGCUUCCUCAGGACGAGCCUGACGCCACCACGCCGUCCAGCCCAGUCAGCAACGCCACCCUGUCAGGGAGUUUCUCUGAACACCUGGACCAGCUGAUAUCACGUCCUGAGGGCGUGGGCAGUCCAGACACUGCCGACAAGCCAUCCACUGACACGAUCAGCCAUUCUACCUCCCCGAGACCAGAGACCAGCAUACCUAAAUCGUCAUCCACCAGCGCUCUGUCUCUCAUGAUCCCUGCAGAUGUUUUUGGCACGUCCCCACUGGCCAGUCCCAUGUCUCCACACUCACUGUCAUCAAACCCGUCCUCCAGGGACUCCUCCCCCAGCCGAGACUCCUCCCUCUCUGCUGCCAGCUCACGCCAGCCAAUCAUCAUUCACAGUUCAGGGAAGAAGUUUGGCUUCACACUCCGAGCUAUUCGAGUCUACGCUUGCGACAGUGAUGUCUAUACUGUCUAUCACAUGGUCUGGAAUGUGGAAGACAACGGACCUGCUCAAAAGGCUGGGCUCAAAGCUGGAGACUUGAUCACUCAUGUCAAUGGGGAAACCGUCCAUGGACUGGUCCACACUGAGGUGGUGGAACUGUUGCUGAAGAGUGGAAGCAAGGUUGCUAUAUCCACUACUCCUUUUGAGAAUACUUCAAUCAAGACGGGUCCGGCUAGAAGGAAUAGUUAUCGGAGCAAAAUGAUAAGGAGAACCAAGAAGCCCAAGAAGGAGAAGACACAAGAACGACGACGGUCAGUAUUCAGGCGCUUUGCCAUGCAGCCCUCUCCCCUGCUCCACACCAGCCGCAGUUUUACCUCCUUAAACCGAUCACUGUCCUCAGGGGAGAGUCUGCCAGGAUCCCCUACACACAGCCUGUCUCCUCACUCCCCCACUACCUCGUUCCGGCCCACACCGGACUUCAAUCAAUCAGGUGGCACAUCCUCUCAGAGCAGUUCUCCUAGCUCCAGUGCACCAAAUUCCCCCGCUGGCUCUGGCCAUGUCCGUCCUAACACUUUGCAUGGUUUGGGCCCCAAGUUGCCUGGGCAGCGGCUUCGUCAGAGCCGGCGGAAAUCAGCAGGGAGCAUCCCGCUGUCCCCGCUUGCUCGAACACCUUCCCCAACCCCUCAGCCCACCUCCCCUCAGCGAUCUCCUUCCCCCUUGCUCACUCACUCAGUGGGAAGCUCCAAAACUACUCAGACCUUCUCAGCAAAGAUGCACUCGCCCCCUACAAUCGUCAGGCACAUGGUGCGCCCUAAAAGUGCCGAACCCCCUCGGUCCCCACUCCUUAAGAGGGUUCAGUCAGAGGAAAAGCUUUCGCCGUCCUACACAGGAGAAAAAAAGCACCUUUGCUCCCGGAAACACAGUCUAGAGGUGACCCAAGAGGAAGUUCAGGCUGGGGCUGCAUCCGGAGGUGAGCACACACUUCAGUGUGUGGAGGAGAUCUCUUGUGAACUUCCCGCCAUCACCCGAGUAAGACCUGCCGAGCAGGGCUGCCUGAAACGGCCUGUGACUCGUAAGGUCGGUCGCCAGGAAAUGGUGGAGGAUCUUGAUAAGGAGAAAUUGAAGGCCAAAGUGGUAUCAAAAAGACAGGACUGGCACGAGAGACGAGAAUCUCUGCAAAAACAAGACGCUAUUCAAGAGGCUGAAUCUACCCAAAGCACUGCUGGGUAUUGCUCUGUUGAUAACAAAGCUAGUGCUACAGUAAAAGAUGUCCUAUAUAAAAAACUCAACACCAGAGCAUGUGAAAGCAUUGCAGACUCCAUGAGCAGCACUGGGGAGUCGGCCUCAGUCUUAAAUGAGGGUAUAAGAUCAGCCCCAACCCAGUCAGAUCGACAGCUGGCCUGGCCGAUUAAAGAGGGCAGUAAACCAGACAGGUUCGAUUUCAAAGCUCCCAGUAUGGAAUUUGCUAGAAAAAGGCAGUCCUUUGAUGAGCGUGAGGACUGUAUGUGUCGAAUCACCCCUGGCGUUCAUGAAAGCCUUCACUUUAAUGCCACUAGGUCCAAAAGUCUCCAGCUGGAUUCUGCUGGAAUCACCACUUCUGGAAUCAACACAGAUUCCUUGAGCCCUAAGCUAUUCAGUGGGCGAGGGGAGAGUGCCGUGGAGAAGCUCCAGAUUAUCUCGUCCACUGAGGGAUCCAUGAGAAAAACUUCAUCCGAGUACAAAUUAGAGGCACGACUCGUGUCUUCCCUGAAACCACUGAAGGGUACACUGGACAUAGGACUGCUCUCUGGACCCAGGAUCUCCAAAACUGAUACAUGUCUCUCGAGAAUAGCCAGCAGCCAAGCUGAUAGUGUUGGUCUGGCUGGAACACUGCAAAACCAGAGUGAAAAGCCUCCCCAGACCCCCACAAAUAAACAGACACAGACUGCUGCGGAGAUGGAAAGUCUUUCUGCAUUGAACAGCAAAAAUGCAGGAAAAGAAGAACCCACAUGCAAUAGAGACAGUGUUGUUGGCUCAGUUAGCCAUGAAGGUACUCAUGACAAAAAUAAGCAGGGUGAAGGAAUCAAGUUACAGGCCAUAGCCAGUAAAAUGGAGCCAGUAGAUUUGUCAACAGGUGGAAAACCAGAGGCUAAGUUGAAAACAGUUCAGGAGAUGAGGUCUGUUCGGCACAAUACUCAUUUUGCUUGUGGGAAAACGCCCUCGAUAAGGGAGGUCAGCAAUGAAGACCAAGAUGAUGAGAUGGAAAGUCCAGAGGAAAAGCCUACACUGCAAAACAGCACUGUAGAAACGAAGACACCAGUGACCCAUGACCAGGUCAUCAAACAAAACCCAUCUGUACAUUCAGACCUCUGUGGUGCUGAUCAAGAUAAAAAUGUGAGAGAGAUCCUUGUCAGUCCACAGAACUUGGAGGAGGAUGUUGCAAACACCAGCCAAAUAACCAUGGAGAAAGAUCGAGCACUGAAUACACUGGGCUUUGCUGUGGUUCCACAGGAGGUUCAUCAGUCUAAAACCGUCAGAGACCAUGACGCAGGAGCUCAGAGCUCAACAACGGCUUCGGCUCAGACUCUGCCUCCAAAACCAGACAGAACGUUUAGCGCACAAAAGUCAGGUUUAGAUUCAAAAGGUGGGAUUGGGAGGAGUGACGAGAAGAAACCAGAAAGCACAGCUCAAAAUGUACAUAAGAUUUCCGAGACGAUGCAUGAACAGACUACGGCAAGUAGCACAGCCGUGUUGAAUGUGAAAUCAGAACCGGUUCAGUCACAGGGUUUAAUAAAAGAAAAAGUAUCCGUUCCAGUAUCUUCAGCAGCUUCGCCAGCACCAGAUAUCAAGUUGCCUCCUGACCCACCUCUUCAAACCAAACAGGAUAAAAACAAUGCAUCUCCCAAAUGUGCUCCCCUUAAGACUGCUUCUGCUGUGGUUCUCCAGUCACCACAGCAGGUACCCAAAAGCCCAGAGCCGCCUGUCGAAGUCAAGUCGGACAGCACUGCGAUUAAACAGUCUCUGCAAAUAACAUCGAAAACGCUAACCAAUUCUGUCUCAGGAAACAGACAGAAAAGCUCAAAUCCUCACUCCAAAGAUGAUGGCGCUGUCAAAACACAAAACUCUGGGGUGGAAGAUGGCAAAAGGCACAGUUUUCAAUGUCAGGAACCAUGUGGCGUCCAAACUCAAAUCAAGGACAAGGAUCAUAAGACUUGGAUGGUUCCAGAAGGGACGAGUGAUGAGUCCAAAACUACAUCAUCUAAAGACAAAAUGCCACAAAACAUAGUAGUUUUGAAAGAAGAUGCAAAGUGCACUAUACCAAAAGGGACUCAUAAUACCGCAGAGGUCAAAAAUGACAGCGUAAAGUCAAAUCAGGAUUCUGGUGCCAAAGGCAGUGAAAAAAUGAGCCAUAAUGUGCAAGUUCAGUCAGCAAGCAUGCUUGAAGAAAAGUUGAAAGUCAAGAAUACUGCAGAUGUAGCCAGUCAGAGGAUCACCAAGCACUUGGUACUUGAUGUUUGCAAGAAGGAGGUUGUUACUGUUCUGAAAAAACAACCACAACAGUCAGGUACUAGUUCCACUGCAAAACAAGGCCUGUCGAGCUCCAAGAACAAAGCCAAGUCAGAACCCCCUCCUGUUACACACCAGGGUGGGAAAGCAACCGAAGAAAGAGGAACACAAGAAAGUAAAGCACCGCUGCAGACCAUCAAAGACAACGCCGAUCUAAAACCAAAGGAGCAGAGAGAGGCCACACUUCCUCCAUCGAAAACUAAACCACAGAGAGAGAACUUGCCUCAGACAGGCCCUCAAGUCGGUUCUGUACCUGUACCUACUGCUAAGGUUCACACACCAGGCGGAUCUCCUACAGGCAAGGGUACCGUGGCCACAGUGGAGACUGAGAAGGUCUCAAAGUCAUCAGACUCCUCGCAGAAAGUAAACCGUAAAGACUCGCAGAAAUCCACAACGUCGGCGAAGGAUGGCGUAGCACCAGAAAAAGAUUCACCUCGCGCCAAGCAGUCCAAAGAUCUGCCCAGAGGUUCGAAUAAUAAAAAGUGACGCUGGGGUUAUCGACGCUCUCCAAAUCACCUUUUGUAAGAAAGACUGCGAGGCAAUCUCUUUUUUUUUUUUUUUUUAAACUUUCCAUGCAUUGUAUUAUAGCACCUUCCAUUCUGAGGACCGAUGAAGCUGUUAUUUCAGUGUUUCGUGGAGGGGCGAAAGCGACGAGUGCUCGUCUGUGUGCUAGUCUGCAGUACGUUUCUGAAAAAUCCUAGGUUUGAAUGUACCCGAUUUGCUGCUGAUCGUCGUUUUUAUAGUUUUGUGCAUCACAAGAAAAGAUAUCACGAGGUGUAUAGAAAAGUCGCGUGCAAUCCGUUCGACGUCGAGGGAUCCGAUGCCUUCGAGACGUAAGUGAACCGUGCCAAUUUAGAUCGUACCAAACAAGAACUCCACUUAUUGUUUAGGAGUCGUUGGAAUCACUCUGCAUUUCAGUACAUUUAAUAAAUAAAUAAAUAAAUUACAGGCAUUUCUCAAUCCAUGCGAAGGUUAAGCGAAUCGUUUCGAACGGUUUUGUCCGCACUUAAAAAGCCACAGAUGAAGUAUUUGUAGCAAUGGUGCUGAUCUCUCAGCACACUCUCUUCAUGUGGAAGAAACAAAAACAACAAAAAACAACCCACCGACGUUGUUUUCGUCUCGUCGUUCUUUUCGUUCUCGUUUGCUUUGACCUACUUAAAGGCAAAGUUCGUUUUGGGCCGAGGGAACGCACGUUUAUCCCGUGCUUCUCACCUAGAACUAUUUUAUAAUGGAAUCAUCUUAGGGUUCUGGUUUCAUAUCUAGUGGAAGGGGCCUUAGAGUAUUUUUGGGCUGUCCAGCUUGCUGUUCUUAGCAGGUUGUGUCGAAAUUCACAUUCCUUUCACAUGCAUUUACUAAAUACUCAUUUUUAUGCAACGUACUGUACAUAAAGCAAUGUUAAUUGUACAAACGUGACGCCGAUCCGUCGGAUCAGGACUACGAUUCUCAAUAUGAGUGUUGUGUGUUUUAUAUGUAUAUAUUUUGCUAUGUCCUGUAUGUUUGUAUACUGUAACGUUUGUUGCUCGGUGAAAUAUUUUUCACGAUACCAUGUGAAAUAAGCUAGUGGAAAAAAAUCGGGAAAAAACAAACAAAAAAAAAAAAGGCGAGAUCUUGGCCUCUGAUGUGAUCUAUACUUGAAAUUUCACAGGCACUAAAAGCAGUAAUCGCACUCGUACGCAAUUGUGUUUUAAGGCAAAGGCUUAAAGACACCCAGGAUGUCCUCCGAUUGUUGCUGAUUUACUAAAAGAUCGAACAGUGGAAUGUUAAAUAGUGCAGAAGCUCUAUUUUUUAAAUAAAUAAAUAAAUAAUAAAAAAAAAAAAAAGGAAGUGAAUGUUAAAAGGUUUGCAACCCUGUGUGUUAUGAUUAUGAUCACCCCCCCUCCCCCCACCCACCCCCCUUUUCAGCACAUUUUGUCACGUAAGGAUUUUAGGGCUAUUUGUUUCCAUUUGGCCGCGUACACGUGUAAACUAGAUGUUGAGGGUUUAAACGCUGGCCACGUUUAUGAUCGGUCAGGGUGGACUUUCACAGUCAUGACGUUCAGCUAGUGUUCCAGUGUCCUGUCUCGUUUGAUUGCCCAUCAGUUGCUCAGUCAAGUACAAUGUAUAAAUACUUCUAAAAGUGGGACGUGUAAUAAUAAUAAUAAUAAUAAUAAUAAUCUAGUGCUUUUGCACUGUCCGUUAGCCGUACCUUUAAAUCCAUGACUGAAAUAUACGGUCAAAUUCAUUCGUUUCAAACCGUGACUGUGACGUGUGUGUCGUCUCCGAGUCAUCCGAGUCGUUCUGUGACGCGUCCGCGUACACGGUAAUGACGCGUACCGUUUCAAUCCUGCGUUACUCGAUCAUCUUUUGUGCGUGAUAUGUGCUCUGAAAUGACUACAGUAAUCAGUCCUUUUAUGUCGUAUAAACUUAACUGACGAGAUAUUUUAGUGACUUUGCCGUAAACGGUCUAAUCUAUUAUAUUUCAAGUGAUAUUCUAGUUAUCUGUAGAUCGCGAAGACUAUACGACGCGUAGGAGCUGAACGUGAGCGCGAGUCAAACGAGGCGCGGAACGAUCGUUAUAAAGCGAUUUAACGUUAAGGCGGACAAAAAACGAACGAUUUAGAGCGAUUUUUUUUUUUUUUUUUUUUUUUUUUUUUUUUUUUUUUUUUAAGCGGUAUUAGCAGAAUCAGAAGUCCUCAUGAAACUUAUGUAGUGUUUGUAGUAGCGUGAGGAGACGAAAUGCACCUUAUCGUUAAUGUCGCUUCUGCGUUUAACGAAGGACAAGACCGUCAGAGGGACGUGAAUGUUUGUGUAACAGGACGUAAAUAUAGUCAAGCUACAAAUGUUUAUUCGAUGGAUUUGUCUUUCGGUCCCCAUGCCUUUUUUUUCUUUUCUUUCUUUUCUUUUUUUUUUUUAUUAUUAUAGAGAUGACUGAUGUAACAUCCUUAAUAACUAAGCACAUUUCUUUGUUUACAGCGAAUUCCUGGAUGUAUAUUUUGAAUAUGGUGUUAUUAAUUUGCCAAAUCUGUGUCCACGUCACAGGACAUUGCGAUCGUAGUGUUUGCAUGGCGUCCUUCUCCAGCAGGUUGUGCAGUUUAAGAUCGUCAGUCUGUGGUAUAGUCAAUCUAUCCAUCGUGAAUCUGUCGGGUUCUGAAGCGUCCGGCGUAUUUUCUGAAAUGUUCUUUUUCUGUCACCCGUUCUGUGAAGCUAGUGUUUGUAUAAACGGCCCUGCUUCAUCGUCUUCAUCGUCGUCUGUCUUUAGAAUCUGUGCAAUAAGAAGUGUGGUUUUGAGUUUUUGUAUUUCACCCAAUGGAAGCUCUAUGGAUGUCAUAGAUGUUGUAUUCUAUACAAAUAUUUAUACUUCUAAAAAUGGUAUAAUUCUGAAAAUAAAACAGGCAUGACAUUA